AUCUCUUACAAUCACUUAGGGUUGAUUUAACAAUGAAACCCAUUGAUCUCGAGCCCCAUCUUACGAGCAUCACCCGAGUACCGGGGCCACUCAGGUUUCUCGUCAUUGGCGCAGGAUCCCGCGGCAACAGCUAUUCUCGAGCCGUAACCAACGCUACACAAGCAGUGAUCCACGCCGUGGCGGAACCAGAUCCUUAUCGUCGCGCAACUUUCGGCAAGAAAUACAUCUGGGGCGACAAGACUCCCUCCACUGGCCAACAAUUCCAAGACUGGAAAGAUUGGUUUGAAUGGGAGAUCCAGCGGCGGAAGCAAGCGGAGGAGGAUGCGGAUCGUCAAGACGCUAUUCCGGGUGUGGACGGAGUCUUCAUCUGCACACUAGAUGAAAUGCAUGUAGAGGUUGUGAAGGCCAUUGCGCCGUUGAAAUUACAUAUCAUGUGUGAAAAGCCGCUGGCAACGUCACUGCAGGACUGUCUCGCUGCGUCUAAAGCACUGAUGAGUGUCUCGCCUAUCCCUGAGAAGAUAUUUGCAAUCGGGCAUGUGCUGAGGUAUAGUCCACACAACAAGCUUCUCAGGGAGUUACUUCUUACGGAUCGCGUGAUUGGGGAUAUAGUGUCCCUUGAACACACCGAGCCCGUGGGAUGGUCUCAUUUCGCUCACAGCUAUGUUCGAGGAAACUGGCGACGUGAGACCCCAGGCCAGGAUGGUAGUCUUCUUACAAAAUGCUGCCAUGACAUCGACCUCAUACUCUGGCUAUUGAGUUCUCCUCCUCCCGGCUCUCACGUUGACCAUCCCUAUCAUCUCCCAAAAUCUAUCUCGUCAAUGGGGUCACUUACCCAGUUUACUCGAAAUCGAAAGCCCCUCGCUGCCGGCGAUGCAACAAAUUGUCUAUCUUGCCCUAUAGAAAAGGACUGCAACUAUAGCGCAAUCAAACUAUACGACGAAAUGCAUCUGGCUCGAGGCCACACUGGAUGGCCUGUUAAAAUAGUCCAGCCAGACAUCGAGGAUCUGCUCAAAACAUCAGGAAUGGAAACUGCCAGAAGCCAACUCUAUGUAUCCCUAUCAGAAGAUUACGACUCCCAAACCACAUCCGCUGCUGAAAUUGCUUCUCGCUCCUGGUAUGGUCGCUGCGUUUGGGAAUCAGACAACAACGUCUGCGACGACCAAUUCGUCACAAUCUCGUGGGACGACGACGCAAAGGCAUCCGGCAACACGCAAAACCGCGGCGCGAAACUCGCAACCCUGCACAUGAUUGCGCCGACGCAGAAACAAUGCGAACGACGUGGUCGCGUGUACGGCACUCUUGGAGAACUCUCGUAUGACAGCGAAACCAUCACCGUCUCCGAUUUUGGCACGAGCAAAACUCAGACCAUCGAGGUUCCCAAGCCUCCACCCACAGAGCCCGAGUCCCACGGCGGUGGAGACUACGGCCUCACGAGGGCAUUUGUACAGGCUGUUGAUGCUGUGGAAAACCAGGGAUGGGAGGCGAGCAAGGCUCAAGCAGAGAUUUUGGGCGUUACGUUGGAGGAGGCGGUCCGGAGUCACGUGGUUGUUUUCGCAGCAGAGGAAGCGAGAAGAGAAGGGAAAGUAAUCGAUUGGAACGAGUGGUGGAAGGGCAAAUCUGCUACCCUUUCCUCUUAAUACGGGAUUCC